GGGCCUAGGCGCUGUUUGCGGGGGGAGGCGGCGGCGGCGGCGGCGGAGCCGAGCGGGGUCUCUGGAGCGGGCUCCUGGGAGCGGCCGCGGCCCGGCCCCGGCAUGGUGCCCGCGCGGCCCCGCGUGAAGAGCGAGUACAUGAAGCGCUUCAAGGAGCCCAAGUGGGAGUCGUGCGGCCCCUGCUACCGGGAGCUGCUGCGCUACCGCCUCAGCCGCCGCCUGCUGGAGCAGGCGCACCGGCCCUGGCUCUGGGACGGCUGGGAGCCCGACAGCAGCGGCAGCAGCGCCGGCUCCCCCUCGCCCCCCAGCACCAGCCCCCCGGCCGCGCAUCAGCAGCAGGAGGCGGCAGCGCCCGGCCCCGGCGGCAGCAGCCGCGCUGGGGAGCCGGGAGCAGCGGGGAAGGCGAGCCCGGCGGAGCCCCUGCGCGCAGCGGAGAAAGAAACAGAGGGAGACGACCAAGAAAAAGUUGCAGAACAGACAUUAUUGAAAGAAACUGACAAAUCAACCAGCCAUACAGGACAACAACCAAGUCGAAGUGCCUUGUCCAGUCGGAACGAUCGAAGAUCAGCUAAAAGUCCUCAAAGGACAGAUGCAGCAAAGGAGCAUAAACAUCCAUUUGCUUUAUAUGGCUGGGGAGAAAAACAUACAGAUACAGGGAGCCAGAAAACUCACAACGUCUGUGCUUCUGCUUCAGUGCAUGAAAUUCAUGAAUCUGCACUACGAGCAAAGAACAGAAGGCAAGUGGAGAAAAGGAAAUUGUCUCAGAAGCGAGUGCGCUCUGCAGAUGUGGAUCGGACCUGGAGAGUAAAGCCUUCCCCGCCAGAUAAUCCCUGGAUGACUGAGUACAUGAGAUGCUACUCAGCAAGAGCUCGGUGAAUCAAAAGUUGCUUGGACAUCUUUCUAAAUUAAAAAAUAUUUAUAUUAAAUCAGGACAUUGGUGCAAACUACUUAUGCAAGGUUUUUAUAGGAGGUUUCCAGCAGUCUGUUAUAAUCGUUUGUAUUUUGGCUACCUACCUCAUCAGUAGAGCGUAGAGCUGGAGCCAUAACAUUUGAAGAUGUUUUUAAAUAUAGUUCCUUAAAUUUUUAAAUAUUUCUCCUUUUAUGAAGUCUUUAAGAGGCAUUUCAAUGGACCUUUUGAGACUAUAAUUUCAAAAUACUGAAAGUCUAAACUUUUACAAAAUCUUUUUUAGAAUUGGUUCAUUUCACAAACUUUCAACUGCCCCCUUUUAAUAAUAAUUAAAAAAGAAAAAAAGAGGGGGGCUUAACUCAAAUCAUGUGAUCAUGGUGGUGUUGGAAACCUUUCCUAGGGUGUGGUGUAUGUGCCAUUGCAUUAUUUAAAAUAUUUGAUUCAACACCUUCAAAAUACCAUGUAGAUUACAAUAUUCAACCUGAAAGCCAGUGGCUCUGGUACACAAUCUGAGACACAAUGAAUACUGGCCUAAUGAAGACAGCUAAGUGUUGUCUGCUAUAUAUUGGAGACUUUUUUUAAAAAAACAAACACACUUGGUAAUAUUUCUCUAAACUUUCAGUAAUUAGUGAAUCAUGCAGAUAUUCUUCAAUUGAGUUUCAUUGCUGUUUUAAAAUGUCAGUGGAAUAGAUUAAUAUGAUCCCGUUGUGGCAAUUUAUUUUCCAAGUGAGAAGUCCACAGGAUUAAUUUGCAAUUACUGUGACUAUUACACCAAAUGACUGAUGUAGACAAUCAUUAUCUGAUGGCUGUUGGUCAAUAGACAGUUGCUUGCUGUAGCGCUCUUGACCUGACAACAUCAUACUGAGCUAGUAAAAACAUCCAUUUUGUGCUUAAUCAUUUUGAUACCAUUCUCUCAAUGAAGACUGUAUAUAUUUCAAAAUGUACUUUGACCAGACACCAGCUGAUUAGUGAAGUCUUGUUUAUUUUUAAUGUUUGUAGCUGGAGAGUGGGGAGAGUGUAUUUCACUGGUAUGCAUUCCAUUUGGUUUAGUAUGGUUAAUAAUACUUAGAGGUUUUAAUUUUGAUAAACACUUGCAAACGAAGUUUUCAUGGCCAUAUCUGCCCUGGAGGCAUGUUCAUAACUCUCUGCCAAGGGGAAAGAAAAUAAACCCCUUAGUAACUGGAGACUAAUGAAAUCUGUGGCUAUUUUCACUUGGUUGGCUGUUUUUUGUACAACGUAGGACUGCCAGUAAUUGAUGUUGGAUCCUCAAUUUGUUUCUUUACUCAGUUGUUCUAAAUGGAAUUUGUUUAGUUUUGUAGUAAAUGUGAGCUUAAACAGAUCCUUGCAGUAGCUGUGCGCUUUUUGAGAUCUCUUUGAAGUGCGGUGGUGGUAAUGUAAUAGUUCUGAGGUUCAUUCUUUUACAGGCUGCUUUGGGAUCACUGACAUCUUUUGACAUGGCUUGAUCACACUUAACAUUUCAGAUUCUUUUAAACAAAACUUUUAAAAUUUAUUAUGAGAAAUGUUAUGCCCCUAUUAUUGGAAGUGUAGUAACAGUGUGUUUAAUGCAUUUGACCAGUCUGCUUAACUUCACUGUAGUGAAAUGCAGAAAAUAAAGCAACAGCAAUAAGUAAACUAGAAUCCAAAAAUCUAAGGUUAGUAGUAAUAAAAGGAGUUGGUGUGACUCAAUCUAGAAUAGUCUGGCUUUCCUCAAUGAAAGUCUGGCUGAAACUAGCCAAAUUGAAUGAGCAAGCAUGGCUUUCAUAUUUAAGUUUCAAGAGAGAUUGUUAGGUUAAAUAAUAUUUUGAAAGUUGUAUGUCACUGAGGCCAGAGAUAAUUAAUUAAAACUGACUUAUAAAAUACAGAAGGAUUUAAUAAGUCAAAGACAUGGCCUCAUUUUCUGGCUUUAAAAACUUAUCACUUACAAUACAAUUACCAAAAAAAUUCAAAACAUCCAGUAGAUUUUAUGCAACUUUCUACAAGCCUAGUCUUCUAAAACUAGUCACUAGAGGUUUUUUAAUAGACAGACCAUUUGCUUUUCAGAACUAAUUUCUGUCUACAGUUGAAAAUAUUCUGUAAACUUAUUUGUGGCUAGUAACAGUGACUAAAAUAUGCUUCUUAGUAGAUUUCCCUUCCUCCAGAUCAGUGCCCAGUAUUGAGGACAUCCUAGUCCAUUGCAUGUCAACUUUUUUUUUAACUUAACUGAGAUCUUUCCACUAUCUGGGGCCUAGUUUACUUUCCCUCAAGAUGCAUCUGCUGUAAACAUGGUCCAGUUCCAAAUGUCCUUCUGUUCUCAGGGUUAGUUUGUCUCCCCUAGACAGCAGCACAGAAGCUCCACUAGCCGUAUGUUAGCAACUAUAUUGGAUAAACAGAAGUGGUGCCUGUUUCACUGACUUCACUAAAAACUGCUUUUACUCAGAACAUUGGGUGCUUCUCUGGCUUUGCUGGAAUAUUUUGAAGUACCUAAUAUUUAGUCUUUCUGUUCCAUACUUUCAGUGCAGAUAUCAAAUCAGCCAAAUUACUGCCCUGGUCUUCUAGUAUUUAAAGAUUCAGUAGGUUGUUUAAAUAUCCUAUAUAUGGUUUAUGCCCUACCUAAGCUACAGCAUCAGUUUCUCUGACAACUCUUUUUAAGGGGUUGUUCUGUUUUCACCCUCUGGCUAAGUUAGUUUUGACAGGAACAGCUGUUGACUAACUUGUUAAAAGGCAGUAGUGUCACAAAAUCAGGUCAUAUGUUUGUCAGUUGGAAGGUUCUGCAGUACCAGGCUGUGGCUUAAAAACAGCAUUGAAUUAUGUGCAUGGAUUGACUUUUUUUGGUAACUCAGGUAAAGCCUGAGUUGCGAGGCACAUUUUUUUUCUGAAGACUUUUUUUAAUUGGGAAAGCUGCUCAUCUGUCUGACUCUUCAAGAUAACCAUUUGAAAAUAAACACAUCAGUCACAACACUUGGGGCCAUAUUUUUAAAGGGUCCUAAUCUUGACCACUUAGAGUUGGCCAUCAAUUGUGGGUGCAAAUUGUAGCGUUGACAUCUAAGAGCUUCUCUACACUUGUGGCAGUGUGUAGAGUAUGUGUAGCUUCAUGUUGCAGUGACAGGCAGGCUGCAUCCACACUCACUGAUGUGUACCAAGACUUGGUAACAAAAGUCUUUGAUGGGGGAGGCAGCAGGGAAAGGCUCUAGCAGCAAGAAGUUGCCAGAGCCUUUCACUGAGCUGGGGAAAGGCUCUGGAACAGGGAGCUGCCUAGAGCCUUUCCCACUGCUGGAGCCCUUCACAGCAGCAGGGAGAUAGCAGGACACUACACUGUUCUAAAAACCAUAGGGUAGAGGUGGGAGGCUGGCUUGGGCCUGUAGAGAGACAUGUAGGGUAAUUUACUUGCCUAAGUUGUGCUUUGCUGUCUGCACUGCUAUUCAUACCUGUGCUAGCAGUGUCUGCUCUACUUGCCACCAUAAGUGUAGACUUAACCUAAUUUGUGGCCGUGGCUGAUCAAAGUCCCAAAGACAGUUUCUUAAAGCAGGGGUUUUGCAGCUCAACAGCUUUUAAACUAAACUUGAUAAUGUGAUAUUGGAGCAGAGUCUUGAUGAAAAGCAAGAAACUCCUAUUAAAUACCUAUAAUGGUUUAGCUAGCUACAGCUACUUUGCUUUAGAGGUGGAUUCGCUGAAGCAGACUGCCUCUUCGACAAUGAGUCUAGGUAGAUGUUUAAGUUUAAAUGUCACAACCCUUUCAGUUUAGAGGAGACAGAAGCUUAUCUUGCACUGAGUUGAUUUUAAAGAAAAAGUAAAUCUACCAGCUUAAUGAACCCACAUUUUAAAGACAAGGCUUGUUUUAUACUUAGCAAAAAAUACUAUGAACUAUUUACCAAAGUCUUCACUAAAACUCUGAAGGGUGUCCCUUCAUUCACUAGAUACUUAACAGCAUUCUACAUUUAGUGAAACUUGGUAGAUUUCACUUAUAUGAUGCUGCAGUUUGUCAACUUCACAAGUUCUAUUAAGACUAGUUUGGUGUACUUUAUGUACAGUGUUGCAAUGAAAGCUGUAAAAGAAUGCCUUUGUACAAUAGAGUAGCAUGCUUGUGUUCAAUCAUGCUGUCACAUCUUUCUUGCAUCAUGUAAUUAUCUAAAUUUCAGUGAACAUAUCCAUUUAAGAUGCUGAAAGGGAUAUUGUCUAGAGCCAAAUUUGGCUUAUGAUGAAGUCUUGUAUUCCUUGUAACUUGUUUUGAUCCACUUUAAUUGAGGCAGCAGAUGUACACCACCCAAUUUUUCAUUCUGGGGAAAAGUACAUCAGUCUUUAAAUUUUUAAUGUAAUGCACUGGCACUAAAUUCUUUGAGUUGGACAUAUGGUUAUAGUGACCAAAAGUUGUUAAUCUGAGGAUCUAUGUGCAAUGAGUUGUUGGUUUCAGUCCAUUCCUAGAUCACUCACAGCAAAGCCAUAAUGGAGCCUGACUCUCAACUCUACAGUUGACUCCUCUAAAAACAGGGGUAGAAGCGGGGGGAAGCUGCCUGAUGCUGUUUUGUUAGCUUUUGUGAGCACUGAAUUCACUUUAAGAACUAUGGGGAAAAUACCAUCUAAGCUUGAAGCAAUAUGUGACUUUUUUAGAAUGUUUUUAAACAGUAUUUUGUUUUUAGAGCUUCUGUAUUUGUAUUUAACACUAUGUAGGGUCAACUUGUACAUGUGAAUAAAAUUGAGUGACUUAA